AUGGCCGUGCCGCCGGACGUCAAGGAGCGCAAGCCGCCGCCCGCCAACGUCGUCGUCCUGGCCUUCGGGUCGCACGGCAUCCGCUACGGCUUCGCCGUGGACACCACGCCCAGGCGCCUGUUUCCGGCCGUCGCGUUUCCGCGCCGCCCCGAGGCCAUCGCGGAUCCCGCAAAGGCCCCCGUUUGUAUCCCCACCUUUCGCCGCCGCGCCCCGGAGGACGUGCAACGCGCCAGGGCCGUGUUUGCCGAAAUGCGCAACACCAUCGAGGUGGAGAUGGCCCUGAGAGAGAGGAGACGCGGAGGAGGCCGCCCCACCCCGUGGACAGUCGUCAUUGAACCCAUUUCUGCACCGCAACCUGCCGCAGAAGCCGAUCCUACCCCGACCGUCAAACAACCGCAUCCGAUUCAUGGUAGCAAGGUCUUGGUUGGCCGCGAUGUCGAGCUUCUUGUCCGCGACAAGGAAAAAGCAAAGCUGUACGAUAUCGUCUUUCCUAUCUGGGACGGCAAGGUUCUGUUUGAUUGCGGCGCACCGGCAAGUCUUAUCCGUAAGGCUUUAGACGCGCUGAUUGCUCACAUUGUAGAGCAGCUCGCUGCGAUUAGAAAGAAGGCAUCGGAGAACGCCAGGAAAAAGAAAAUGAACGGUGAUGUCCGCAUGGAGAACGGUGGUGAGGAGGUGAAGACUGAACAGCUCUUCACGAAAGAUGGCGUGGCCGGCACCUUUGUAGCACUAGUGGUGCCGGAGACGUCGCAGAGGAGGGAUACCGCAGAAAUUGUUGACGCCGUAUUUCGAGAACCCUCUCUACAGACUGCCGCUGUGUUCAUUCACCAAAGUGCUGUUUCUUGCGCUCUUGGUGCGGGGCUUGCGACGUGCGCCGUUGUUGACAUCGGGCACUCGGCUACCACCGUGGCUUGCGUUGAAGAUGGGCUAAUAUGCGGCGAAUCUCGCAUCCAUCUCAAUUACGGCUCGUGGCAUAUUCAGAACGCAUUCAACAUGCUUCUUACAGACUACUCAAACCUUCGAGAAGUCUUACAAAAGGAACCCGGUCCAAACGGAAGGGUGCUCACGGACGUCGAGAUUGCAGACGAUCAGGUCGUGAGUAUUGCCAAGAUUGCAGAGCAGACUGGUGGCUUUAACGUGGACGAGAAUGAUACUCUGACCGUGGCUAUGGUCAAGCUGCCAAGCGGACGGGCCAUCAGGGUGAAACUUGGAGUCGGCAUGCGAGCCCUCCCAUGUUAUGGGUUGAUAUAUCCGCGAACUCUAAGCUCUGCGUCCACGGUUAUGACGAUGCAGAAGAACAUCCCCAAACGCCGAGUUCAAGAAAUGAAUGCUGCGGACGAUAACUACGUCAGCGAUAUUUUCAACGACCUGCGCCGCUCGUUAAUUGCAACGAAUGCUCUAGCCAUCGGAACUUUUUCGAAUGACCCAGGGCACAUUGCUUCAUCUACAGUUGACCCACAAGAAGCCUCGAUAGUGGAUGCUAUUAUUUGGUCUGUGGCGAAGGCGGUUGAAGUGAAGCGACCUGAUCAACAGUCGAGAACAGCCGAGCAUUAUCGAAAAUACCUCAAUGCCAUCGUUCUUGCGGGCGGGGGCGCCUCUAUAGACGGAGUAGCUUUGGCACUGGAGGCCCGGAUCAAGAAAGGGUUCCUAGAUGCUGGACUGAAUGUUGCCGAUGUCACAGUAAUUGAUGGCGGAAAGGGAAAAGGAGAUGAGGAAUUGGCAGCUGCGGCAGCUGUGUUAGAGGAUGUCACAGCGGAGGGAGGACUGGUGGAUGAUACUGAUACAGCAAGUCUGCCGUGGAAAGGCGGGGCCGUCAUGGUUGAGGCUGAUGCUGUGAGUGAAUACUGGAUCUACAGACAUGAUUGGGAAGACCGCAAUGUGCGUGCUCUUCGUGAACGGGCGCCUUUCUACUGGUAA